UAGAUGCACUAUUGUAAAGUGGCUGCUCCAUUGGAUGUCAUAAGGUGAAUGCACCAAUUUGUAAGUCGCUCUGGAUAAGAGCGUCUGCUAAAUGACUUAAAUGUGUAGGUGAAAAGAAAAUACAAAUGACUGUGAUUCAUAUCAAUAUAUCCUAUAUCUAUCAAUAUCCUAUAUCCCAUCAAUGUCCUAUAUAUUCUAUCAAUAUCCUAUAUAUCCCAUCAAUAUCCUAUAUAUCCUAACCUUUUAGUUUUAUGUGCUUCACCUCCUUUUUAUUUAAUUAGAACUAAUUUAAAUGCCAUUCGUUUUUAUCACUGCUCCAGGCGUCAACCUUGUAGGCUCAUUCUCUCUGCUGCAAUGUGGAAACAAUGUAGCAAAGAACAUGUAACUAUAGCUUAUGGUAUGGCCGGUACUUCAAUGGUGAAUUAUACGUUUUUCUGGGUUAGAGAGAAGUUUGUUGUUGAGCAAAUCAAUCAAUCCUGGCCCCUUAACAUUCAGCUUAGUGCUCCCCAGAUCCGUCCACUCCAACGUACAGCUGACGUGACAUAGUGGAGAAGAGUAUCUUUAGAGAGAAUCCAUUAGAACAGAUGCAUGUUUUAUUGAGCUGCUUCCUUUAAUGAGAUGUCUGCUCCACUUUGUACAUGAGUUCAUGUGAGCUAUUACACACAGAAUUAUUCAUCAUUUUGAAGUGCACGACCACCACUCCCCAGCAAUGUGGAGCUUGAUCCCAGCUUCAUUUGUCAUCUAAUUGCGAUCCCCUCACUGUGUGAGUUCCACACAACAGCAGCUUUUAUCAGGAGACAAGAAAGGUUUACACCUGAGGCCUCAUCCCACUGAGUAGGUCUUUGAUGACAUGACUCCCCCUCUGGCUUAGUGGAGUUGUGACCAGCGGGAGAGGGAGAGAGGCUUUGCUGAAACACUUAAAUGAUGGGUCUAUAGCUAAAGCAGGUUUUCCUGUUCUUUCUGUAGCAGAGAAACAAAGGAACCCAGAGGAACAAAUAUAAUCUCAUUUCAACAGUUUAUUGAAUGUAUCGUGUUGCAAAGAAUGAUUCACAAUAACUGACAGUAAUUAUGUUUAACUAUGCUGAAUACUUGGACAUUUUUACUAAAUGAAAUGUUUUACUUUUGAUUAAUAAACUUUGCAAAUCGAGAAGCAUGGGGAUAAGGAAAGGUGACAGAAAGACAGGUUCAGCAUGAUUAUCCAAACAAGAAAUCCCAUCAAUCGUCAAUAACCCAUCAAGUGCCUGGGAAAGUUAUUUGACUAGACCCUAAUGGACAGAAGAUCCACAUGUACACUGUGCUGGAUGUACCAGCACAGUGUCCUCCCCCGAAUUACCUGGCCACUAACCCUGUAUGAGGUCACCUCAUCAGCAACAGGCACGAGAGAGAAUUGCAAACCGAGACCUACGCAGAUGGCUUGGCGUGCCUCUGAGCUUCUCAUGUGUGGGUCUGUACAGUAGAAGAGCAAAGCUACAACUACCAAUCUCAUCACUGGUAGGAUUCACAGUGGUAAAGGCCAGGCUGGUGAUGAUCCUCAGGGUCUCCAAAGACCUGAAGAUGCAAGGUGCCAUGAUUAAGUUCAGUACAUAAAGAAAGUGGUCUGCCACCAAUGCUGUCAAAACAGGCUGAAGCACAGUGACAUUUUUGUAGUAUUUAAAAAAAUAUAUAUUACCAGGUAUGGUGAUUGAGCACACAUACUAAUUUACAGCAAUGACCUGGGGAGAGGAGGCAUGAGUGAGCCAAUUGGAAGCUGGGGAUGAUUAGGUGACCAUGAUGGUAUGAGGGCCAGAUUGGGAAUAUAGUCAGGACACCGGGAUUAACAGCCCUACUCUUACGAUAAGUGCCAUGGGAUCUUUAGUGACCACAGUGAGUCAGGACACUUGUUUAACGUCCCAUCCGAAAGAUGGCACCCUAUACAGGGCAAUGGGGCAUUGGGAUAUUUUUUUAGACAAGAGGAAAGAGUGCCUUGUACUGGCCCACCAACACCACCUCCAGCAGCAUCUGGUCUUCCAUCCAAAGAGCAGCUAGGACCAACCCUCCUGAGCUUCAGAGGCAAGCCAGCAGUGGGAUGCAGGGUGGUAUGCUGCUGGAAGAAAAAUGGGGAACAUCUGCCUUGAAGCAAUGAAAACCACAUGCUGGACCAAAGCCAACACCCUUGAAGGGAGGCACCUGGUGCAGCAGGAAGUCAGUCAAAUGGAGGAACAGAGAAAGGCCAAAGCAGUGAGGUUGGGAGCCUGGAGUCUCUUGGGAUGAGCUGUGGCGGAUGGAACCUGCCAGAAUCCAGUUCCCUUUAAGAUCUGUCUAUGAUGUGCUCCCAUCCCUCACUAACUUACACAGGUGGGACCUCACUGAAAACCCAAACACACCUCUCUGCAACAAACCUGGUACCAUGGAGAAUGUUUUAACAGUGCACGGUUGUCCUCUCCCUAGACAAAAUAAGAUGGAGGCAUGACCAAGUUUUGAGGGAAUUGGCCAUGAUCCUUGAGGAAUCAACAAAGGAAAAGUGCAAUCAUUCUCUAUGUGCUAUCGGUCAUGAAAGAGUAUCAGAACGGCACUGAAAACCCUGAUCCACAUGUGUUCUCCUGAAGGUCAUAUGUAUCAAGCAUGGUUAACAGUAGUCUAUAACUAGUUUAUAUGACACCAUUUUUUUGUGAAUCGAAUUAAAUAUUCAGCUCAGGGCGUACCUACCAGAUCUAUAUCCCUGGUGCAUUGUACAAUUAUAUGGUACUGAUGUCCUGUGGUCCAAUUAGCUGUAGCAGAGUGUGUGUGCGUGUGUGUGUUGUGUUCCCUGAGCUCUGGUUAAUAAGAGCUAAACACUGGCCUGCAGGUCUGGAAGGAUGACUCAAUAGAACAGCACACCUGACCUGCCAUUCACACAGCAGAUCACCCAGGGUUACACGCAUGCAGUAUAGCCAUGUUGGCCAGAUAUAGUCAAUAAUCUGCUGGCAUAUUUGAAAUGUAAAAGGGGACCAGAUCAUUUACUAACUGUAUCUUUCAUAUUGCCUACAGUAACUGUUUGUAUAUGUGGCUGCUUUGAUAAAUGUCUCAUUAUCUUUGAGAAGUUGCUUAUGUAGGCUGUUGAUCAUUUCAGACAUAGGGAUUUCUCUUUAGUCUUGACCCUCUAGGGGAUCAAUUUGAGGCAUGGACAUGAUGCCUCAGGGUUAAGAAUGUGUACUAUAAUGAUCCGUCCGAGGCCAUUCAAAGUGAACAUUGUUAUCUUACUGUAACUGCAAUGUGAGUUCACCCAGUGUAAACAUCAUUUCUUCUAGAUUGAUCUUUUUCAAAUGUUUUUUUAUUGUUGCAUCUUUUACAUGCACUACAAUGAUAGCCCUACACCAAUUUUAAAGCGAUUGUUCCAUUUACAGCUCAAAAUAUUCAGCUUAAAGUUCUGCCCCUUUUAGCAAAUUUUCGCCAAAAAUGACAUACCCAAAUUUAACUGCCUGUAGCUCAGGCCCUGAAGCAAGGGUAUGCAUAUUCUUAAUAACAUUUGAAAGGAAACACUUUGAAGUUUGUGGAAAUGUGAAAGGAAUGGAGAAUAUAAGAAUAUAACACAUUAGAUCUGGUAAAAGAUAAUACAAAGGAGAAAAAAAACAGUUAAUUUUUUUUGUACCAUCUUUGAAAUGCAAGAGAAAGGCCAUAAUAUAUUAUUCCAGCCCAGUUGGAAUUUAGAUUUUGUCCACUAGAUGCCAGCAGUGUAUGUGCAAAGUUUUAGACUGCUCUAAUAAACCAUUGCAUUUCUAUUCAAAACUUUGUAUCAAGACUACCCAAAUGUGCCUAAUUGGUUUAUUAAUAACUUUUCAAGUUCAAAACUGUGCACUCUCCUCAAACAAUAGCAUGGUAUUAUUUCACUGUAAUAGCUACUGUAAAUUGGACAGUGCAGUUAGAUUAACAAGAAUUUAAGCUUUGUGGACGGAACACCGAUCCCGAAUUAAUAUAUUCAAAAGCCCUUGAUUGUAUAGUGUCUUGUGCAUCAACUCAGUUCAUCUUCACUGCCUGCGGAAUAUUUCAUCCUUAAAUAAGACAAUGGUGAACAAAGAGAGAAGAAUUAAAUGUCUCUUCUGAAAUCCUCCCUUUUCAAACAUCCACUGAUUAAUUAAGUGUUUAACCUUAGAUUAAUAAUAGCCUGGAUUCUGCUGCUUUAAUUUCACUCUGUUUUCGUGACAAUAAAAUAUAGUAUGCUUGACCUUUUGAACAUGAUGGAUUAUUGACAGUAUUCCAAAACACAGAUCCAGAACGUCUUAAAAGCCACUAGUGCCUUUGCAUAAAUAUUUUCAUCGAUGGAAAAUUGAUAAGAUCACUCCACGUCGCAGUCCCUUUCUUCUAAAAGUGUAGACUACAUAUCCUAGCUACGUCCCUCCAUUUAACAGCCCUCCAACUCUUUAUUGCUCUGCAUCCUAGCCAAGCGCGCGAGUCCGAAAGCAAUUCAAGAUGAUGUCAAUGGAGAGGCGCACCCUCGUUCCGAAUCCAGAGAGAGAGAGAGAGCACACGCAGUGUAAGCGCACAGCUGCGUGUGGUGAAGUUUAGUAUACCUCGACUACUUCGCUAGAUUUAAAAAAUGUAUUGGUGUGGGGGGAAUAAACCUGUCUCACUGCGCACGCACCGCACCAACAUUGUCCAAUGACUGAAGCUUGCGCAUCUACUGAUGACCAUUACUUGAAAUUGUUUUGCACAAUGCGGUGUUGUAUUUAACGCUAUCCUUUUUUGUUGUUUUUAGUCCGCCUGCGCUCUUGGAUCUUUUUUGGAGAUGUCUGAGUUUAACCACUCAAAUCUAUCAGGCGGAAACGCUCCGGACCCGGACUACAAGUGGACGUAUGAAUAUUACGACGAUGAUGAGCCUGUUUCGUUCGAGGGACUGAAAGCGCACCGAUAUUCCAUCGUGAUAGGCUUCUGGGUGGGCCUGGCUGUCUUUGUCAUCUUCAUGUUCUUUGUCCUGACGCUUCUCACCAAGACAGGAGCUCCACAUCCCGAAGGAGCUGAGCCCUGUAAGAAGCGUGUUCGUCUGACCAGCUGUGUGGAGGACCUCCGCCCCCCUGCAGACCCUGACAACCGGCCCUGCCUCCAUCGCCCCUUACUGGACUCCUCUCUCAGCCGCUCCCUCUUCCACUGCUACGUCAAUGAGGAACAGGCCCAGGAGGGGUCCAGGCCUAGAGCUGGGGCACGAGUUUUGGGAGCACCCAGAGGAGGGCUUGUCCAGGGGCCGGGGCGAGGCAGGUCAGGCAGCCCAGAGGAGGGGGGGGUGGAAGUAGGUGUCACCCGUGCCCUGCAAGGGGCUGCCAUGUUGGGGGGGAACCGGACUGACCACAGAGAGGCCCUGUCCCACUUCAACAUCCCUAACGUUGUGAACUCCGAGCACUGCUCCACCCUGGGGGCGGACGAUCUGCUGCUGGGGGAGCCGCCAAUCAUCAUGGAGGGGGAGUGUCAUUGGCCCCACAGUUCACAUCACAUGAUGGACUAAGGUCCUCUCUACUUCCUGGGGUGCCGCCAAUCAUCCCGGAGGGGUAGCGUCAUUCCCAUGGUGUCCUUCACACGAUUGACUGGGGGAACCGUCAAUCAUCCUAGUGGGGGAGUGUCAUCGGCCACUUGGUGCCCUUUAGAAGACGGACUGUCCUGCCCAUCACACAAUAGACUAGGGUCCUGCUUACUUCUCACACCCACUGCCGUUAGGACAUUAUAGAUCAUUAUGAGGACAUCACAGGACUCAUCAGCCUUAUAUAGAGAGAGUUGUGUCAAGGUCCUAAUCUAACAUUCUGUGUUGUGCCAGUCAUGUACAGUGCAAGCUCUCCUAAUUAGGCUGUGGUUCCAGCUUCCCACACCACCUCCACUGUCAGGACAUUCUGGAUUAUUAUGGAUCCUCCUACAGUAACUGUACCUCCUGACAUUUUCAUUCUGUUCAGAUUAGGUUCAGGCUAAAAUACUGUACAGUCCAAAUAUAUAAACAUUUAAAUGUUAAAUAUACAUAUGUGAUCUUUAUGUCAACAAGGUUGCCUACGCAGAGCCAGAACUUGUGACGCCACAUCUCAACGCUAAACUGGAAGUCCAGCUUCAUCAAGUUGAUUCAAAUGUUUUUUAUUUAACUAGGCAAGUCAGUUAAGAACAAAUUCUAAUUUACACCACGGCCAAAUCCUCUCCUAACCCGGACAAUGCUGGGCCAAUUGUGCGCCACCCUAUAGGACCCCCGAUAACGGCCUGUUGUGAUACAUCCCAGAAUCGAACCUGGGUCUGUAGUGAUGCUGCGCCACUCGGUCCCCCCGUAUAGUGGUGGAGGCCUUGCAGGAAUCAGAUAAAGGGAUGGAGACAACAGAAGAGGUAAGGGGAAUUUGAUACAACAACCAAAAUGCACCAGAAAUGCAAGACUCUUCUUAUGGGUUUUCAAUUCAACAGCAGUCGGAAUGUUGUCCUUGUUCAGUACUAAUUGUAGCACACCUGUUAAUCACUAUAAACACCUUACUUUUUAUAUAUCAUGUGUUGCUCCUGUCAAUGCGUUACCUACAUGUCAUAUCAAGGUCUUGUUUGCCAAGUCUAUAGAAGGUUGUGACUAAUAAAACUAUUUCAACGCCA